AUGGCGGAGACCGUGGCGGACACCUGGCGGCUGAUCACCAAUCCGGAGAACCUGAAUGAUGCCUACGGGCCGCCCAGCAACUUCCCCGAGAUCGAUGUGAGCAACUCACAGACGGUGGGGGUUGGCCGGGGCCGCUUCACCACCUACGAAAUCAGGGUCAAGACAAAUCUGCCUAUUUUCAAGCUGAAGGAAUCUACUGUUAGAAGAAGAUACAGUGGCUUUGAAUGGCUGCGAUGUGAAUUAGAAAGAGAGAGCAAGGUUGUAGUCCCCCCGCUCCCUGGAAAUGCAUUUUUGCGUCAGCUUCCUUUUAGAGGAGAUGAUGGAAUAUUUGAUGACAAUUUUAUUGAAGAAAGGAAGCAAGGGCUAGAGCAGUUUAUAAACAAGGUCGCUGGUCAUCCUCUGGCACAGAAUGAACGUUGUCUUCACAUGUUUUUUCAGGAUGAAAUUACAGAUAAAAGCUAUACUCCAUCUAAAAUAAGACAUGCCUGAAAUUUGAUGAGAAGGGGCAAAACAAAAAACAAAAAACAAAACAAAAAAAACCUUUCCGUGACUAUUAUUCAUAUGCACCAGUGAAGUUCUAACUAACUUUUAGCAUGUUGCACAGAAACUGGUAUAACAUGCCUUCAGUAUACUAACAUUCAUGUGCUCGGUUUUGUUUUUUUUUGUUUGGGCAGUUGACAAGAAGUUAAUUUGCUUUAGUGAAAAUCCCUCAUUCCAGCCUUUCUAUAUAAAUAGCUCUUCCUUGCUGUUUUAUUGUGGUACCCACUAUCGCCUCACAGACCUGUUACUCCAGUAUAACCUGCAGUGUCCUAACUAAAGUUACUGACUUGGUCUUAUCUGCACGGUUUUUGUGCUUCUUGAAUCUGAUUAACUAGAAUAUUUCUCUUACUCCUUUUAAAUAUGUGAUGUCCCUUGACCUAAUUUAUGUGUAGAAGCACUACACCAUUGGUUUCCAGUCCCUUAUGUGUAAGAUACACACUUGUAGGCAGAAAGUCUCUCCCUUCAGGCUUGUAAUACCUUUCACGUGGAAGAUCAAUGAGGGAAAUCUUUAUAUUCUGUAUAAAAACAAAAUCAAAUUUAUAUACUAAAAUCAUUUGUCUAAAAAUUUAAGUUGUUUUCAAAUAAAAAUAAA